UGCAUUACUUAUUCUCAUGUACCAACAUGCAUAACCCUCCUUCUUAUUAGAGAAAAGCUUAUAGACAUAUUUCCCUAAAUAAAAUUUAUUGAAUAUGAUUCUGUCCCCACAUAUCAAAACAUCAAAAUCAAUACAACAACCAUCCAACUCAACCCAACCUAACAAAGCAAAUAUGGCAGAUCUAAACGAAAGCAUAGAAGAAUCUCAAGAAAAUAAUAAUCUCCCAAAAGUAUUCCUUCAUGGUCCACCUGAAUUCUCCUUCAUCCUUCAACCCAAUCCUUCUCAUAAUUUCCAUAUCUUAAACCCUUCUUCUCUUCCUCCUCUCCACCAAUUCUUAUCCCUCAAUCCUCACCAUGCCUCCUCCAUUGCCGCUAUUGUUUGUACCGGAGGCUACACCGUCAACGCUGAUGUUCUCCAACUUCUCCCCGCCCUCCGUCUUGUCUGCACCCCCAGCGCUGGAACUGAUCAUAUUGAUCUCUCCGAGUGUCGGCGUCGGGGAAUUCAGGUUGCAGGAGCUGGAAAUCUUUUUUCUGAAGAUGUGGCGGAUAUGGCUGUUGCUUUGUUGAUUGAUGUCAGCAGGAAAAUUUCAGCUGCGGAUCGGUUCUUGAGAAGACAAGUUCAGAAUGUAUCUUGGAAUUUUCCACUUGGUUCUAAGUUAACAGGAAAAAAGAUUGGAAUUGUUGGUAUGGGAAGAAUCGGCUCAGAAGUCGCAAAGAGGCUUGAAGCAUUCAGUUGCAUGAUAUCAUACAACUCUAGAAACAAAAAACCAUUAGUUUCGUACCCUUACUAUUCCACUGUCUUAGAGCUUGCAACAGACACCAAUGUACUGAUUCUAUGUUGUGAUUUAAACGACCAAACAAGGCACAUUGUCAACAAAGAAGUCAUGUUGGCAUUGGGAAAAGGAGGAAUCAUAGUGAAUGUUGGAAGAGGUGCUCUCAUUGAUGAAAAGGAAUUGUUGAAGUGUUUGAUUGAAGAUGAAAUUGGAGGUGCUGGUUUGGAUGUGUUUGAGAAUGAACCUCAUGUUCCUAAAGACUUCUUUUCAUUGGAUAAUGUUGUCCUUUCACCUCAUGCAGCUGUUGUAACUUCUGAGUCUUUGAUGGGUAUCCGCCAAAUUGUGGAACAAAAUUUGACAGCAUUCUUUUCAAAUAAAGCUCCGAUUACUCCGGUUAUAUAGUUGAUUGGAUGCGUUAUGUGUAUUUGGAAAUCUCAAAUUCAGUGUUAUCAUUCGCCGUGUGUUUCCUUCAUCCCACCGCGUUACCAAGUAGACUAUGAAAUGUUUUUCACAUUUUUUUUGUUCCUAUGUUGCAUCCUUUUGAACAUGUUUGUUCUUAUGGUGUUUUUAGGUCAAGUUUGUAAUGAUCGAUAUGCGCUACUAGUUUGAGAGAUCGGCUAUGAAGAAUGUUAAGUUCAGAGUUUAUUAAGUAUCAAAUUUUAGUUAUUUUUAUA